UCCGCGAGUACCAGCGAUGUUCAACGUGGGAUGCCUGCCAUGUUGCUUUGGCGUCCGGGGUGGUGCAUGCGUACAGGCAGAUGUGCCGCGGGCACAGCUAUCCAGUGGGACCAUUUUGGGUGAAUAUGUUGGAGGCUCGGAGCAUUUCUCUGCAGUGCCCUUUGCCGCUCCGCCCGUUGGCAUCCGUCGGUGGAAGAAACCAGAGCCUGUCGAGCCGUGGCCGGGAGAACUCGACUGCAGCAGCCGCCGUCCACCAGACGACCGUCGCGGAAGGCCUGUGCAAUCAGUUGAUCCCGAGCAUGACCGGCAACCGACAGAGGAUUGUCUUCAUUUGGACAUUUGGCUUCCAAUGGGGACACUGGGUUCAUUAUCUAGAUCACCCAAAGGACUUCCAGUGCUUGUGUGGAUAUAUGGUGGUGGUUUGCUUUCUGGUUCAAAAGAUGACCCUGGCUCUUCUGGCCAAUGCUAUGCAGAACAGGGAAUUAUUUUUAUUUGCAUCAACUACAGAGUCGGCGCUUUGGGCUUCCUUUGUCCCAGACACGGUGAUCCCAACUGUGGACUUUGGGAUCAAGCCUGCGCCCUGCAGUGGAUUCAGAAUGAGAUUGGCAACUUGGGUGGAGAUCCAAAGAAGGUAACCAUUAUGGGCCAAUCUGCCGGAGGAGAUUCAGCUUGCUUGGUCAGUGACAGCUUGGCAUAUGAUAGGUCAGCAACAGUCAAAGUGCCGCCUCGCGACGCCUGUUGGCUCAUAGCACGAUACACAAGACCAGUUGCCAUGUGCUGUGGUGCCCGCGAAGAUGACGAUGACGACUCUGCGAACCCUGGGCCAGAUAUCAACCGAAAGUGCACAGAUCUAUUCUGCCUACCUGUGCUGGUGAUUUUCAUCUUGUGGCCACUCUCAGUUAUUGCUUGCCUUAAGGAUGUAGAUGGCGCCUAUGCCCUGUCCCAUGGCCAUGAUCACUAUGGACGGUUCUGCGGAUUGAAUCACUUGGAGGAAAAACAGUACGUGUUCUAUCCGGAUUUACAAAAUGACUUCAAGCAGGACCCAUCCCUGUUGAAUCGGUACGGAGUUUGUGUAGAGAAGUGUCCGGAGCAGUUCGAGACCGUCGAAGACUAUCAAGAUGUCAAAGGUGGGAGUGCAUCGAACAUCAAAGGGGGGCAGCCUAUGAGGCACCCAGAAGACCCCACAUGGCUGUCAGAUUUACCAACAUUUCCUUUGGCUGGGCGAUGUAUCCCAUAUGAUCCGCCUCCAACCUUUUCUGCUGGUGCCGAGUUCUGUGCAGAUCCCCCAUGCCUGAUGACAGAGGACAGGAAGACAUCCUUGCCAACCAACCCCAGGGAGGUCUGCGGAUUACAGAAAGAUGGCACGAGCAGAUUCUGGCUUGUUAGCAAGGCAGAUGAUAUUCUUCUAGAUGGAUGGCGACGUGAACAUGUGACAGAACAGGUCAUCAAAGCAGCAGAAGAUCUGGACCGGGGCAAAGAACCCUGCAAGAUCAAGGUGCUCAGAGACACACGAGUGCGGACGGAAUCGGUUGAUGCCUCUCUCAUAUACAGCCUCCUCACGAAGUACACUGGAUAUGUGUUCACAGGGUCCGCCCAAGUAUACAACAACAAAGGGAUCGUCCUUGGCUUGGGCGUUGGCGGGUCGAUGCUGCUUUCAUUUGUGAUCAUCAUGGGCUUUGCCUUUUGUGUGCAGUGUAUUUUGAAUGUCUUGAUGACGUGCCUCUUCUUGGUUUUGAUUUGCGCGGACUACGUGCUCUUCUUGCAGGCUGGAUUGGUUACAGGGAGGAAAGGCCGCAUGAUCCUCAAUUUUUUCGAAAAAGCUAGCCAAAUGGAUGUCCCGAAAGAGUUCAACUCUUUGCUCGAAAAGCAGGUGAACUCACAGGAAUGGGAAUCGAUCUACAAAUGGUGUGCCAUUGGCCUUGCGAUAGGAAUUGUUUUACUCCUCUGUGCUGCAAUUGCGAUGCGAAAGAAUUUCCGAAUAUUGGUAGCGCUGCUGAAAGAAGCAUCCAACACUAUGCGCGAGAUGCCAUCGCUUCUACUAACUCCAUUCAUCCUUAGCUGCAGCAUGGUCGGAGUCUCCAUCGUUUUGCUCUGGGUCGCGCUGACCAUCUCGACAGCUAGGGCCGCAGAUGUUCCCAACGCUCUUGAGGCUCAGA